AUGGCACAGACGGGGCCGCCUCCCAUGAAGGCGGGGAGACUCUAUGUCAACCCAGAGGAGGAGGAUCAAAUGGAAAUCUCCGGGUUUAGGCCCCAUAAGCUGAAGACAGCUGUCGUGUGGUUCUUCAUCAUCAUCACGGUCGGCCUGCUGAGACUCUUCUUCUAUUGGCUGCCACACCUGUUUGUAAAGGCUACCCACUCCAGGUGCUCACUGGCGGUUGCUACAACAGUGUUAUUGAAGGACCAGUGGAAGGACUGGUUUAAAUCCACUGUGAAAACACAAGACCUGACGGGCCACUCCAAGAACACCCAGACGCCGCAGCGGGCACAAGCCUCCAACGCAUCAACCAAGAAGGGAAGUGGUCUAAUACGUUACUUUAUCUGCAAGAAAAUCAAGUAUAUUUGGGACACAGAAAAAAAAGAAUUUACACGACUGAGAGGGUUUGACAAGGACAAGGAGUGUACCUUCUUCCACCAACAAACAGGCCUGGCGUAUGAUGAACAAAGAACGAGACAAGUUCUGUAUGGUGUCAACUCCAUUCGAGUCCACGUGAUGCCGAUUAUCAAGAUAUUGUUCAAAGAGGUGCUGUCCCCCUUCUAUGUGUUCCAAGUGUUCAGUGUCUCUAUCUGGUUUGCUGACGACUACACCAUCUACGCCAGCUGCAUCGUCUUUAUCUCCAGCCUCUCCAUCAUCAUUACCAUCUACCAGACGAGGAAGAUGCAGAGAGCUCUCCGCAGCACCAUCAGCUCCUCAACCAUCGUCACCGUGUGUCGUGGCGGGGACGUGUACGAAGACAUAUCGUCGGAAGACCUUGUGCCGGGUGAUGUCAUAGAGGUGCCUCGACACGGCUGCAUGAUGCAGUGCGACGCCGUCCUCAUCAACGGCAACUGCAUCGUCAACGAGAGUAUGCUGACAGGCUACAAAGUGGUAAGGAACAACGACACCGCGGGAGAUAUCGUCAUCCACACGCUGGUUCUACUUACAAUAGCAGUCCCCCCAGCCCUCCCGGCUGCCCUCGGUGUUGGCAUCGUAUUUGCCCAGCAGCGGCUGAAGAAGGCAGGCAUCUUCUGCAUCAGCCCUCGCGGCAUCAACAUCUGCGGCACCAUCAACGUUGUCUGCUUCGACAAGACAGGAACCUUGACGGAGGAUGGCAUGAAGAUGAUGGCCGUGGUGCCUUCCUCCAGAGGAGCGUUCAGAGACGAAAUUCGCAACAUGAGCAAGUUACACAAUCCCCUUAUCGUCAGUGCCAUGGCAACCUGCCACUCUCUCACUAUUAUAGAUGGUCACGUGGCUGGAGACCCCCUGGAUCUCAUCAUGUUCGAGGCUGUUGAUUGGGUGUUGGAGGAGCCGGGUGAGGAGGAGACAAGGUUUAACAUGAUGGUGCCCACCAUUGUACAUCCCCGAACCAGAAACAACUCCGUACCAGGAGACGACAGUCAGUCAAUGGGAGAAGACAUCGGCGUGGUGAGACAGUUUACCUUCUCCUCCAGUCUGCAGAGAAUGUCGGUCAUCACACGGAAUCUCGGUGCCAACAACUUUGACCUGUUCGUGAAGGGAUCGCCUGAAAUGAUCACAAGCCUCUCCAUGGCUGAAACAGUCCCUGCCAACUUCCACGAUGUACUGAUGGCCUACACACAGCAUGGCUACCGGGUCCUCGCUCUGGCCUGGAAGGCCUUGCCACAGAAACUGAACUAUGCCAAACUCCAGAGAAUAACGCGGGAGCAGGUGGAGAAGGAUCUCAACUUCCUGGGGCUGCUGGUGAUGGAGAACUGCCUGAAGCCGGAGACCACCCCUGUCAUCCAGACACUCCGGGAGGCCGCCAUCAGAAACAUCAUGGUCACAGGUGACAACAUGUUGACUGCCCUGAGCGUGGCCCGGGAGUGUUGUAUGGUAGAUCCCACAGACCGUAUCAUCCUUGUUCAAGCCUACCCGCCACAGGCCGACAAGACAGGACCAGAGAUAGAGUUUAUUUUCGCUGAUGAGAAGGAAAAGAAAUUUGGCAAGGAUUCCAUCGCCCUUCAGAUGGACAACGACAGUUUCCGCUUCGCUCUGACGGGGAAGUCCUGGGCCGUCAUAAGACAGCAUUUCCCCGACCUGAUGUCCAAGAUCGUCGUCAAGGGGACAGUCUUUGCACGCAUGGGCCCAGAGCAAAAGGCGCAGUUGGUGGAGAGCUUGCAGGCAUUAGAUUACUAUGUCGGAAUGUGCGGUGAUGGGGCUAACGACUGCGGAGCACUGAAAACAGCCCAUGCCGGCAUCUCUCUGUCGGAGGCUGAGGCUUCAGUAGCCUCGCCUUUCACGUCCAAGAAGCCCACCAUCGAGUGUGUGCCUAAUGUCAUCAGGCAGGGUCGAGCGGCGCUCGUGACAUCCUUCGGAAUCUUCAAGUUCAUGGCGUGUUACAGUCUGACGCAGUUCAUCUCAGUCCUGCUCAUGUACUGGAUCGGAGCAAAUCUCACUGAUGCCGGGUUCCUGGUCAUCGACUUGUUCAUCGUCACAACUCUGAGUAUCACAUUCGGUCGGACGGGCCCAUGUGCGGAGCUGGCGAAGGAGCUUCCGCCGUUCAGUCUAUUAGCAGUCGCCCCCAUCUUGUCCAUACUGACCCAGAUGGCCAUACAGCUGGGCGUACAGGUGUACUGCUUCCUCCAUGUCAUGAAACAACCCUGGUUUGUGCCCUACAUCGACAACGAGGACGACUACUACGCUAGCUACGAGAACUCCGCCGUAUUCCUGAUUUCAAACUACCAAUACAUCACGCUAGCGGUCGCCUUUUCUAAGGGAGCGCCAUUUAGGAAGUCUAUAUUUUCCAAUUACUUGUUCCUCCUGAACAUCGCUAUCUGUUUGGCCGGCUGUUUGUGGAUCUCUACAGUGCCCACACAGGGACUAGCGGACAUACUUGAGUUGCUGCCGUUCCCGUCCAUAACUUAUGCCAUGGUGCACGUCGGCAUUGCUCUCUUCAACUUCCUGAUUUCUAUCUUGGUUGAGACAUACGUGAUGGACAAUACUUCUCUCCAGCAGAGCUGUCGAAAUUUCUUCAAAAACUGUCUCCCUUCCUCGAAGACAAAAUAUGCCGCCAUUGAAGACGACAUUUCAGGGAAUCCAUCAUGGCCGCCGGUGAGCCCGUCAACGGUCAGCCUAGCCGUGAUCUUCCAGAGACUGGACAGUGCUCACCACGUUCCAAAAGAUCUCAACACUGCUCCAGGGAAAGAGGUUCUUGAGGAUCUCAUUGAAGAAUCUGACAUUGACCCACAGAUUACCAAAUCUCUGGAUGGAGUGACCCACAACCCAAGGAGUAUCACAUCUCCAAACGGGGUGACCCCGGAUCUUACCCAGACUGCAACAGCAAACUACCCCCAGAGGCAGAUAUCGUCAGGGGAUGCCGAUUACCACGUGGGGCGGAUGGAAGCUCCACUUCUAAAUAAUGACACUUCAAGUUCCAACUGCGGGAUAGAUAAUCCCGUAUUGACAACUGUUGAAGACAACGGCAAAUUCACCACGACCUUCUGAUACGACUUGACCGUGACAUUCUGUUCCGACGUGACCUUAACCCCUAACAUUCACUCACAAAGACGAUAAUCCUCAAAGUCAAACUUUUUGCAGUGACAUAUUUAUGUCACUAUUUACAAAACGAGUUAGUGAGUAUUGUUUUACGCGAUUUCCAGCAAUAUUCCAGCAAUAUCACGGCGGGGACACCAGAAAUUGGUUUCAUACAUUGUUCCCAAGUGGUGAAUGGAACCUGGACUUUCAGCGUGACGAGUGAACGCUUUAACCACAAGGUUACCCCACAGCUCCUUUUACACAGCUGACAUU